CGCACGGCUAGAUGAGAAAGCGAAUAGUUGUUUUUUUAAUAUCUAGCUGAAAUGUUUGGUGCCUAGAGCUAUCAGUGGUGGGACUACUCAACUAUCACCAUCACAUGACGUAGAAUAGUCGUUUCGAGGACUAUGUCAAGCACACCACCAGGGGCUCGUCGUUUGGACAGGUGUGUUACCUGUGGCUGUUUCAGACAAGGGGUUGGCUCGGUGUAUUCGCUUCACGUCUCCUUCCGCCAUAGAGCAUUCUGACGAGCUGACCAAACUGAUUGGGUAAAGUGGAGGUACAACAUUCCUGAUGAGCUUCUAAACUGUGUAUUAGUCACCAUGGCUUUCCUGGAGAGUUUCUAACCGUGCACUAUUUAAGUAGACCGUGUCUUAAACCUCGUCGACACGCAUUAAAUCCAUACUUUUGGAGGGAAACCAAGCACACCACGUCUGGAUCACACGGAAUUGCCUGUUUUAAUUUGCUGGUUGAUUGGGCACAGCGCUCUCCUGUGCGGGGGCACUGACGCAUUGUGGAGUCGACGGGCUGAACUGCCAAACCGGCUGCGCUACAGAGGGACGCCCCGAUGUGCGAAACCGCGAUGGCCGUGGUACAGCUGGAUACAGACGAUCACCAACCGGAGAAUGGCUUCGUAUCUCCCGAAACAACGUCUCCGGCAUUGCUGUCGCGCAUUGACGGCUGUGUCUUGCCAUUCCUCGGGGGAUUUGGAAAAUACCAAAAACAACUCAUUGUCCUGACAUGGAUCCCGGCAUUGUUUAUAGGAUUCAGUCAAUUCUCUGACAGUUUUCUUCUAGCUCAGCCGAACAGCACAUGUGUUCUGCCGAUGAGAAAUGGCUCUAAUCUGACAUUGAGUCCUUCAUCAUUAUUUAAUGGUCAAAACAAUAGCCGAGUGAGCGCCCCUCAUUUAUCGCCAAACGGUACGCGCCACAACAACUACUCGGCCGAUGCUCACUGUAGGUGCACAGAGUGGAAGUACGACACGCAAAUGGGACUUAAGGAGAAUGUGGUCACAAAGUGGAACCUGGUGUGUGACAACAGGCAGAAGGUCCACAUUGCUAAGUUCUCCCUGCUGGUGGGCUCCAUCUUUGGGUACUUGGUCAUGGGGAUCCUGGCAGAUUGGUUUGGGCGGCAUCCUGUCCUGAUCAUCUCUGUGUUCUUCAUGCUGGUAUUCGGGUUCACGGUGGCCUUCUCCGUCAACGUGCCCAUGUUCAGCACGCUACGCUUCUUCGAGGGCUUCUGUCUGGCAGGCAUCUCUCUCUCCCUCUACGUCCUGAGGAUUGAGCUGUGCCUGCCGGGCUGGCGCUUCUCCAUGACGAUGGUGGCGAACUUCGUGGUGGUGGGCGGCCAGCUCCUGAUGCCGGGGGUGGCGGCGCUGUGUCGCGACUGGCAGGUGCUGCAGGCCUUCAUCAUCUGCCCACUCGUCCUCAUGCUCUCCUACAUCUGGCUUCUCCCGGAAUCUUUGCGCUGGCUGCUGGCAACUCAACAGUUCUGUCGCUCCAAAUGGCUCAUCGCUCGCAUUGCCAAAAAGAACAAAGCCAAUCUGGAGCGCGAGGCCGACGACCUCCUAACAGAGUUGCAACAGGCUCUGCAGAAGAAGCCAAAGAGGACGUGCAUUGUGAAAAUGGUCGGCACCAGAAACCUGUGGAAGAACAUCGUGGUGCUCUGUGUGAACUCGUUGACGGGCUAUGGCAUCCACCACUGCUUCGCCCGCAGCAUGAUGUACCAGGAGGGCCAGGAGGCCACCAUGUUCCACAACUUCUACGCCGACUACUAUGUGAUGGCGGGCAUCGCCGUGGCGUCCUGCAUCGCGCUGUGCCCGGCCGUGGGGCUGAUGGGCCGGCGGGGGGGCCUGCUCAUGUUCAUGAUCGUCACCGCCCUCGCCUCGCUGCUGCAGCUGGGCUUGCUAAACUUACUGGGGAAGUACAGUGAACACUUACACAUUGAGCAGUCUGACACACUGAAGAGCAACUUCUCGGUGGCAUUCUCCAUCAUUGGGAUGUUCUCCUCCCACGCAGUCAGCAAUCUGAGCAUCUUUUUCUGUGCGGAGAUCACCCCUACUGUCAUCAGGGGUGGCGGGCUGGGCCUGGUCCUGGCCAGCGCCGGCUUCGGCAUGCUGACGGCGCCCAUCAUGGAGCUGCACGACCAGAAGGGCUACUUCCUGCACCACGUCAUCUUCGCCUGCUGCACGCUCAUCUGCAUCAUCUGCAUCCUGCUGCUGCCCGAGACGCGCUACCAGCCGCUGCCCGAGACGCUGGAGGACGGCGAGAACUACACGCGCCAGCCCCUGCUGCCGCCCCGCAAGCCCGGCGAGCAGCACCUGCUGCUGACCAAGCCCGAGGGCCGCGAGUACGCCCGUGUGGCCGAGACGCCGCCGCUCGAGGCCGAGGCCGCUGCCGCCGUCUCCACCAUGGACUCCACCGCCUCCUCCGCCGUCGACCUCACGCUGCCCUCCAUCGUCGUCGUGGAGGAGGAGGACGUGCCCGUUCGCGCCGCCCAGGACAAGCGUCCUCCGCCUGCGGCAGCAGCGGCGUCCACGGUGGUGGUGGGGGCGGAGGAGGAUGACGGCCUCUGCAAGGCCACCCCGACAGUCGUGGUGAGCACGCCUGAACGCAGCCCUGAUGGCGGCGGUGGUGGCGAUGAGGCCGUCGUGCAGCAUGGUGUUCCUGAUGAAGAUAAAGAUGUCAAGGAGCCGCCUUCUCCAACGCCAGACGAGGCCCCGGAGCCGAUCCAGCUGACGUGCAUUGAGCCCGAGCUGCCUUUGGACAGCAGCACGCCGCUACUCAUCAGCUCCAUCAGGGACCCCCAAGAGAGCCCCCCGAGCCACCACCCCCCUGCCCCUGCCCCCGACCUCAUAUCUACCCUCUCGACCGGCUCCCCUGGCCGAGAUCCCCCCAUGUCUCCUGCUAAAAACACCAGCUCCCCCACCCUUACCCCUGCCACGGACUCCACCGUGCCCACAGCCAAGUGCGAUUCCCCCGGUCCCGAUCUGAUCGAGUCCUCCUCGCCCCAUCUGGUUGUCGUCAACGACACCCUGGUCAAUGAUUCGGACACGCCCCUGGUCAUUGUGAACUCCCCUGCUCAUGUUGCCAACGACGACAGCCUUACGCCUGAGGUAGAGAAGGAUGUUCCACUUGUGAACGACAACGUCGCGUUCUCUGCAGCGGCGGCGGCGGCGGCAUCUUCUCAAAGUUUAACUGAUCCUGCUCUUUCCGCUGCGCAGCCAGUAAACCACAGCUCGGGUUCCUCCCCUGCUGCCCUGGUCACGGACUGUUUUGAUUCUCCUGUGGUAGACUCUGUACCUCUAAACCUAGUGGACUCCCCUGUACCUCCUUUGACAGACAGCUUGCCUGUCGCCAUUCCACCUGUCCCAUCCCCUUCCCCAUCCCCUCCCCUGUCAAGAGACUCCAUCCCUCCAUCCAUCACCCCGCCUCCUCCCGUGAUGACAGCGGGGCACUCGGCCGCUGUCACGCCACCUUCCACCAGUCCCUGUCACGCAAGUGCUGCUGCUGCUGCCCCCUCCCUCCUCCCUGUUGUAGACUCGAGCCCUCUCUCUCUGGUCACAGACACUGUCCAAGCCCCCUCAGCAGACUCGGAAGACUCGCCUUCCCCUCCUGCGGGGUCUCCCACCCCCUUCAGCAUGGACUGCACCGUCUCCUCGCCCAUAGACUCCGGCCUUACAGCUGCUGACGCUGCUGCCACUGCCAAUGGAGUGGCAUCAUCGUGAUACCCUAGGUGCCCUUGCUGCAAAGGAGACAUGCCUCCCACCCACCACCCCCACCCCACCCCCAUCAACGGUGGGCUUGGCACAGGAGGGGCACGGAUGUCAGCACACGGGAGAAGCAGAGGAGGGGGAGGAGGAGGGGGAGGGGGGACCCACCAGAGGGUCAUGGACCGUGAUUUCAACAGCCAGUUCAGAGCUUCCAGUGUUCCAGUGCAACCAAUGAGCUAGCUGCCAAGCUUCACGGGAGGUUCACUCAGAAAGGGAUAGGGGGGGAAAAAUAGAACUGAGAAAAAAAAAUUCAAAGAGAGGAAAGGAAGAAGGAAGUCCAUAUAUUGGACCUUCUACUUCCCUCCUGAAAAAUGUAGAGAAUGACACUGUGGUUACUGUGAUCGGGCUGCACUGAUGUCAGUCAGUUAACUGGAGGUUUAUUGGCACAUCACAGGCCGGCUUGGUUGAAAAUGAAGGAAAGGUGUUGGAGAGCUAUAUUUUAAGCAUCUGUUGCCACCAUUGUGAAUUGUGCCAAGAGAAGUUCACUGUAAAAUGCACUACAGUGGCUUCGUUUGGCUAAAACAAAUGUAAUUACAGAAAAGAAAUUGUAUUGAAAUUUAAAAGAUGUAGUCAUGUGUGUAUAUUUUUUAAUUUGAUGAGCUAAAAAAUUAAUUUGGUAGCUUUUGAAAACUACACAAGUUUAAAAAAAAAAAAAAAACAAACAUCAAACCAAGGUGAAAUGCAGCAGCCCAAAAAGAAAGCAUACUUUUUUUCAAAGGGAAAGAGGUGGGAAUUCACUGCCGUAUCCAUAAGACAUGGGGUUGGCAAAGGAAAACUCUGUUCUGAGGUAGCAUUGAUCUAACAUACUCAAGUAGACCUCAAGGUAAACCUGUGUGUGUGCAGCUGUGUGUGUUCCAAAAGCUUCUCUCGAGGCCACACCCUGAGAACGACUAGCCUACCAUGCCUGUGUGAACCUAGAGCAAACACAUCAUCUUCCUAACAUUGUUUACUCAGUCGUCUGAAGGAGCUGAAAUGAUGGGUGUAGUAGAUGAAGGAUAUCUGUGGAUUCCUUAUGAAGGACUGUUUCAGACAUGUUCUUUAUUUUUUACACAGGAACUUUCUUACUGUCUGUCAGGCCAGUGUAUGCAGUUGAAUUCUUGUGAAUGUGGUAAUCUUGGCGUAAGAAAACUGUGUACCGUUUGCUGUUGUACAACCAAUGUGGAGCUUGAGUACAAAAAAAAACAUGAAAAGAAAACUAAAAACAGAAAACUGUAUUUUGCAACUUUAUCUUUUAAAAUGGCCUGCCCCUAGUGCAUUACACCAAGGGACUGUUUCUAUUAUCUGUGUGAAUGUAAGUGGCACUUUAUCUUUCACAAAAAUUGCAACACAGCAUGUAACCGUGAAAAGAAAAAUGUGAAAAUUUCCCUCUCAGCAAAGAUGUUGACAGACGUGAACGUAAUGAUCAAAGACUCAAAGAACUUUGUAUUUAGCAUUUGUCAGUACAUAUGGGUCACAUUUUAAAAAUACGAUUGCCACGUACACAUACAGAUUUUUGUCCAUAUUUUACAACACAAGUCAUGUGUAGUAUGAUAUGCGCAAAGAACUGUACUCGAGACAGCAAUAAUUUGUGUAUUUGCAAAGUGUGACUCAUACAGUAUACUGGCUUAUUAUUUAAGUACAAUCCAACCUCUGUUUUAAUAUAUUAAUAUCUAUUAAAAUAAAGUACUUAUUUCAUUGUGUAAAAAAGGUGGAACUCAAAAGAGGGGGCUGGCUUACUUGUGAUUUCGAGAGAGAAAAAAAGAAUGUUCAGUUUUUCAAAAUUAAUUUCUGGUGGCCAUCUACCAAACUCUGUGGUUUGUUGUUUUUCUGGUUUUUUUUGCCCGAUGUGAUAUCUGCCAAUCUAGUCUACCAGUACCAGACGGCAGGAAAGUGUGCCAUAGUAACAGUUUUCACCAGUCUGUUGAAGUGAGCCAGAAAGAGGUCACAGUGGAGAGAGAAACAUGACCAAACUCAGUGUUGUCAUUAUCAUUUCAGUGCUUGUUCCACUCUUAUACAGUCAUAACCGUUUUCCCAAUGGAGUAGCCAGGGGAAGACCACUACAUAUUUCCAAUUACUGAGUGAAUCAGUAUGCUGUAACUCUAAAGUAACGCUAAACGAUAGGCAUUGCCGUGACAGGUGUAGCUUGGUGUUUCAUCACUCCAGUUUGUGUUAUUCAGUGAUUGGUGUCAUUUUGUCAAUUGGUACGAGCCAAUGACAACUCUGGGUUAGAGUAGUGCCAUUAUGCAGACAGAAGGGUGAGGUUUAAAUGCAACUGACUAACUUUCAGAUGUGCACAACAGCCAGCUGGGCUCUGGUGAGCCAGCUAUCACUAGUGUACUUCUAAAGUGGAACGAUGCUCAUUUCACCCUAUUGUGAGAAUAGUUCAUUGAUUACCAAAACGAAGAGUGUCACUGUGCAGGAAGUAAUGAGUUUGAAAAAUGAAACAGUGGGACGCCUGAAGAGACAGCCCAGAUAUGUCGAGCUUUCGCAUUAGCCCGUGCGAGCCCUAGAGCAGCAGCCAGCCCCGGCAUCGCUCCUCAGGGUCCGUGGCGUUGGCGUUAUCUGGAAGAGCUGGUCAUUGACUCAGGUUGCACAGCACCUGUGUGAUGAUGGAAAUCCACUUUGAAAUGUGCCCUUUGAUUAUCUAGCACUCUUUAUACUAGAUGGCUGUUUUUGUUUGAUUUGUUUUUUUGUUUUGUUUUUGUUUCUGUUGUACUUUUUGUUGUUGUUGUUUUUUUUGUAAAUAAUCCCGCUCAUGUAGCACAACCAUCUUGUCUAGAAUGUGCUCUCUCACUGCAGCAAUACAUGUUUGUCUUAUCAAACCGACACCAUGCAAAGUCCACAAAGCACAUCUCUUAUCGCUCAAACUCAAAGGGGAGUCAGUGCCAGCCCCAGUGAAGGCUUGAGAGUCGGCUAGCCUACUCUCUUUUUCAACUAAACAGCAGUACACAGUGAAAAAAGGUGCUAGUAUGCAUUGCAGUCCCCCUCCGCUACUUCAAUACUUGCCAUGGAGACUGUUGCAGGGUUUACCAGCCAUAUAUCAGCUAACCACUUGAACCUGACCAUCCAGUGACGACAUAUUGGACAGGUUGAUAUAUCAGGUGAAUGAGGAUGUGUCUGAGGUUUUGGAUGAACUUUUAUUAUUAUUAGUCAGUCCUACUGAAUAGUCAUUGCUCACUGUUGGUGCAAUAUGAUGACAUACUCCAUGAUCGCUAAAAUGUAACCAAACUAACCAAGGCUCACUCGUACAUAAUAAUCAUACCUUUAAAAAACAAAACGAAAGCAAAGGAUUUUCUUCCUGAGGGCCCGGUGAAUGACCAAUGGUACCUGUUGUACUUGAUGACUUGAUGGCCUACAAACGUACACUCCGAGAAUGUAUUUGUGACGCUGACGAGCACAACAGUAUAACCACUCCAUACAGGCCCUGAGAGGGAAUGAGAACACAGUGUGAAUGAAUGUAAACCACUGAAGGCUCAUGUUUCAUUGCCCUUGUAUGUUUGUUUUUUUCCCUUUUUUUAACACCGAUAAUGCACUUGUACAUAAGCCAUACAUGCUGUUGUAAUAAACUUCACUAUUUAUUGA